CUCCUUGCGCAGCCGCCGCCAAAGCCUGGAGAAGUGGAAUCUCGCCGGCGCCGCUGCCUGCGCGGGACUCGCCGAGGCGCAUUGGGCAUGCUCAGUCGCCGGAGUCCGUGCAGCUCUCAAGUAGGAAGCUCGUGCGCUGCACCCGCAGCUGAUCUGGGCGCACCCGUGAGGGCGAGAUUGGAGUGGAGCGGCCGGGAGCCCGAGCCUUGGCGAGCGCCGUGCGCACUGCUGGCUGGAGCUGCCUUGGUUGAGCCGCUGUGCACUGUAGCCAAGCAUGCAGUGGUCGGAUCUGCCCUGUCGUGCAACAGAAACCUUUGCUGGAUGGAAAAUCCAUAAAAGAAAGCUCCUGUGAAAAGCUGAGAGAGCCAACUCAAGCCACAACAGUUUCUAGGUGUACUCUGACUGCUGACCUCCUAGCUGUUAAGAGACCGGGAAAAGGGAGCUUGCUUUCCAAGCUUUGUACCAAAGACCUGAGAAACAUUUCACAUUAUAAUCCAUUUCCUGCACCACUGCUGACGGCCGGCGAUCCGUGUCAGAAGCCCUUCCAGCGGACUCCAGCGUGGACACCUUUGCAGUGUUUAUGGCCAGCAGCGGAACCACAGAGGUCGCAAGUCGAAACAGCCCCGCCACACCACCCAACACCCUUAAUCUCCGUUCCUCCCACAAUGAACUGUUGAAUGCUGAAAUAAAGCACUCCGAAGCCAAGAACAACACACCCCCCAAAUGCAGGAAGAAAUAUGCACUGACUAACAUCCAGGCGGCCAUGGGCCUUUCCGAUCCGGCUGCCCAGCCCCUGCUGGGAAAUGGCUCGGCCAACAUCAAGCUGGUGAAGAAUGGGGAGAACCAGCUACGCAAGGCUGCUGACCAGGGGCAGCAGGACCCCAACAAGAACAUCAGCCCCACGGCCGGCAUCAACAUAACUUCUGAGAAGUUAGAGGGUAAAGAACGCCCCCCACAGGAGUCCUCAGGCUGUGAGAUAUUACCCUCCCAGCCCAGGAGAACUAAGAGCUUCCUAAAUUACUAUGCAGACCUGGAAACCUCAGCCCGUGAGUUGGAGCAGAACCUGGGCAACCAGCACGGGCCGGGGGACGAGGAGAAGUCCCAGCCAGGCCAAGGCCCAGCCUCCACCAUCGCAGGCAAUGGUGAUGCUCUGUUGCAGAAACCCAAUAAGCGCCAGGCCAGCCCCGAAGACGGUCAAGUUGCCACGGUGUCCUCCAGCCCAGAGACCAAAAAGGAUCAUCCUAAAACAGGAGCAAAAACCGAUUGUGCACUCCACCGAAUCCAGAACCUAGCACCAAGUGAUGAGGAGUCCAGCUGGACCACCUUGUCCCAGGACAGUGCCUCGCCCAGCUCCCCAGAUGAAACAGAUAUAUGGAGUGAUCACUCAUUUCACACCGACCCGGAUUUGCCGCCUGGCUGGAAGAGAAUCAACGACAUCGCUGGAACCUACUACUGGCACAUCCCCACGGGAACCACUCAGUGGGAGCGGCCUGUCGCCGUCCCAGCCGACGUCCAGGGCUCCAGGAAGGGGUCCCUUAGUUCUGUAACAUCAUCUCCCACCCCAGAGAAUGAGAAACAGCCAUGGAGUGAUUUUGCUGUUCUGAAUGGGGGAAAGAUUAAUAGUGACAUUUGGAAGGAUUUGCACGCAGCCACGGUGAACCCGGAUCCCAGUUUGAAAGAGUUUGAAGGCGCAACUCUACGCUAUGCAUCUCUGAAACUCAGAAAUGUGCCGCAUUCAGACGAUGACGAUUCCUGUAGCAUCAACAGUGACCCGGAAGCCAAGUGUUUCGCCGUGCGCUCCCUGGGGUGGGUGGAGAUGGCCGAGGAGGACCUCGCACCUGGGAAGAGCAGCGUGGCCGUCAACAACUGCAUCCGACAGCUCUCCUACUGCAAGAAUGACAUCCGUGACACAGUUGGCAUCUGGGGAGAGGGAAAGGACAUGUACCUAAUCCUGGAAAAUGACACGCUCAGCCUCGUGGACCCCAUGGACCGGACCGUGCUGCACUCCCAGCCCAUCGUGAGCAUCCGCGUGUGGGGCGUGGGCCGCGACAACGGUCGGGAUUUCGCUUACGUGGCAAGAGACAAAGAUACAAGAAUUUUGAAAUGUCAUGUAUUUCGAUGUGACACGCCAGCAAAAGCCAUCGCCACAAGCCUCCACGAAAUCUGUUCCAAGAUCAUGGCCGAGCGAAAGAAUGCCAAAGCCCUGGCCUGCAGCUCCUUGCAGGAGAGGACCAAUGCAAACCUGGAUGUCCCUUUGCAAGUAGACUUUCCAACACCAAAGACAGAGCUGGUGCAGAAGUUCCACGUGCAGUACCUGGGAAUGCUGCCUGUAGACAAACCAGUCGGCAUGGACACCCUCAAUAGUGCCAUCGAAAGUCUCAUGACCUCAUCCAACAAGGAGGCUUGGCCAUCGGUGAACAUGAACGUAGCUGAUGCUACUGUGACGGUCAUCAGUGGAAAGAGCGAAGAGGAGAUCUUGGUGGAGUGUCGCGUGAGGUUCCUGUCCUUCAUGGGCGUGGGGAAGGAUGUCCACACGUUUGCCUUCAUCAUGGACACGGGCAACCAGCGCUUCGAGUGUCACGUGUUCUGGUGCGAGCCGAACGCCGGGAAUGUGUCCGAGGCGGUGCAGGCUGCCUGCAUGUUGCGGUAUCAGAAGUGCUUGGUAGCCAGGCCACCUUCCCAGAAAGUGCGGCCACCUCCCCCCCCAGCCGACUCAGUGACCCGGCGAGUCACCACCAAUGUAAAACGAGGGGUCCUGUCCCUCAUUGACACUUUGAAACAGAAGCGCCCCGUCACCGAGACGCCAUAGCUGCGUGGCCAGAGACUGCGCAGCAUCGAGCUGAAGGGUCGGGAGCCACGCUAAGGGGACAGGGCACCACUGGCUUGGCCGGCUCCGGGGCUGGUGCUGCAUCCACUGAGAACAGCUCUUUCACCAAACAGUGUUAGACAAGCAUGCCCUCCCAUCUUGCUUGCCGCCAUCCUGUGACCGGAAAAGAAGCAUGAGGACUUGUUUUUGCCGUCAGAGUCACUUCACGGGCAGUGGAAGGCCCUUUCCUUACUGUAAAUAUCGUGGACGUUGUUUCACGUCACACGCGUGCGGAGCAGAGCACAGCCAAGGCCAUUCCCGGGGACCUGCCAACAGCUGCACGUCCCCAGAGCGAACGCCGCCUGCCCCCCUGUUAGUUUUACUGUCUUCUGGACUGGCCCUGUCCCAUCAAGGCCACCUUCUCAGUCCUCCAGCACUUUGUCCCGUUGUCCACCUGGGACUAGACUCUAUAGCCGAUUUCACUGAGCUGUACAAAUGGGAUGCGUCUUUGUUUUAGUUUUUCAUGAACUUGAACCUGUUGGUUGAUAAAUUUGACUGUUGGCAUUGGUCUGGAAGCCGACUGGCAGUUUUCCCAGACGAGCCCUGUGGCACACGGAUGCCAUUUCAAGUCUACAGCUGUUUGUGGGAUGUUGGGGGAAAACAAAGCAAAACAUUGAUGAGAAACAAAUGAAAUUUGGAAAAAUUAAAGUCAAACAAAAAGUA